AUGUCCAAUCACAACCCCUCCUCCAUCCUAAAGCUUUUUGGCUUCCCAUUGGUCGAACACGACGACAAUCCCCCGGAGACACCUGACGGCGCCGGUGGCGCUGACACUACUAUUUCCGAAGACGAUAGAAAGUUUCGCUGCCAGUUCUGCCGUCGAGUUUUCGCCAACUCCCAAGCCCUCGGUGGCCACCAGAAUGCCCACAAGAGAGAGCGCCAAAGGGCCAAGCGCGCCCUUUAUUUCCACGCCGCCGCACUUCGACCACCAUCGCUUUAUUCCAGUGUUUUCCCUUCCAACAUUGGCGGUGAUGGGGGUGCUUCUAGAAUUCUGCAUCGGAACAAUAACAGUAACGGGUACUUCACGGAGACGGCGGCGUACGGCGGCGUAUCGGCAUCAUCAGGGAGGUGGAUGUUUGGGAAUUCGAGUGAAGGAAAUAUGGAAAAUUCAGGUUGUAAAUUGGGAGGUGAAAAGGGAUUGUGUGUUGAUCUUCAUCUUAAACUUUCUCCAUCUAAUUCCUCAACUUAA